UGGAUGAUGAAACUAGGGUUUCCAGGCAACCAGACCAGAGACUCCAAUCAAGACAUGCGGUCAAUCUAGUUACAUGCCUCGGGCAUAGCACUAGAUGCGCUCACGCUAGCACAGGACGUCUUAUCGAGAAAACUGUGUCGAGGGGUGCGCGUGGUACCGGCGGGCGAGGCGAGGAGCGAUGGGUUCGUGGCUGGAAGCGGGCAGUGGCGGGAGAGCGCGGGUUGAGGGGUGCAGAGGAGCAGACGGUGCCCCGGCAGCGCGCGCACCAGCGCGUGCGGCGUCCGCGUGCGUGGCGCCGUCGCCUUCGUCCUCCCCCAUGACCCUGCCGUCCCCCUCCUCCUCGCCGCUCAGCCUCUUCACGCCCCUGUCGCACCACCGCUCGCCGCUCCUCUCGCCGUGCCUCUCCUCCUCGCCGCUUCACCCGCUCAACGAGGAUGCGGCGGACGGUGCGGACGGGCAGGGGCCGACUGCGGAGUGGCGGUGGGGCGUGGCGGGGAUUCGCGGAGGAGCGGCGGAUGUGGGCGCGCGGCUAGGGGUGGCGGAGGGCUGCGCGGCGAUGCGGCGCAGCGCGGCGUCGGCGUCGAUGCCGUCGCUGGCCAGCGCGCCGUGGGAGGGCGGCGGGCGCGCGUGGCUGCCGGGGUGCGGCGCGCCGUGGAGCAAGGCGAGCAGCAGCGCGUGGGCGGCGGGCGACGAGGGCGAGCGGUGGGGCGCGAGCGGCGACAGCGGCAGGUGGACGGUGGGCGACGGCGAGGGCGAGGGCGGCGGGAGGAACGAGCUGGAAGGGGGCGGCGGCGGGUGGGGCGUGGGGGAGAUCAGCGGGCGGUGGAGUGUGGGGGAGGGGCGCGAAGCAGCGUCGAUCGGGCGAAUCAGCGGUCGGAGAGGGGCGGUGCUUGGGGGCAGCGGUAGUAGCAGAGCUUGUGGGGUGAAAAGGGGAGGGCCGGCAGGCGGACUGCAGGGAGGCGCUUUGGCAGGGCCGGCUGCGGCAGGCGGAGCGGCGAGCGCAGGGGAGGGGUGGCGGGAGCUCGCAAGGGAGGCGGCGGGCAGAGGAGGCUUGUGGGGUCCGCGGGCGAGGGAGGUGGGCGGGGCGAAGCGGGGCGUGCGGGGUAGAGGGAGGGAUGGGUCGUGGGGGGGCGAUGAGAGUGUUGCGGGCAGUGUAGGGGGGGAGUGGGCGGAGGGCGGAACAUGUGGCGCAGAACGGGAGGCGGAAGCGGGGAGGGGGAGGGAGAAGAAGGCGAAGGGCGGAAGCGAGGCGGACAUGGGCGAGGGCAGGACGCGUGGGGAGGGCACUGACGCUGCUGGCACGGCCGGCACGGGGGACACGGCUGGCACGGGGGGCGUGAAUGGUGGGGGAGGGCGGGUGAGCUUGGAGCAGGAGUUGCACGAGUGGCUGGGAACGGCGGUGGCGGGCGCUGACAAGAAGGGCAGCGGUGCAGCGCGCGGUGCAGGGGAGCGGCCGCCAGGUGCGGCAAUGCGGAUGGGAGCGAGCUGUAGAGGGGCGAGCGCUGGCGGCAUGGAGGCAGAGCGGAGCGGCGGAGAGUGGAGCGAGUGUGAGGCGAAUGCAGGCAGCGGUGGGCAGGCAGGGCGAGGCGGCAGGGAGGCAGAAGCAGGGGGCGCGGCAAGGCGGGGAGGGAGGGAAGGCGGGGAAGGCGGGGAAGGCGGGGAAGGCGGGGAAGGCGAGGAGCAGGCGGCGAGGGCGGAACCGGUGGUGUUCCGCGUGACCGUGCACGAGCAGGGCCGGCGGCCUGCUGCUUGGAGGCCGGAGGCUAAGCCGCGCCGAAGCAGGCAGUCAGGUUCGGUGUUUGGGUCGGGGGAGGACGCGCUGACGCUGGAGUCGUUCCUGCAUGGCGGCAGGCGGGCGCGCGCAGGGCUGGGGGGGCAGGGCGCUCAGACGUGGCGCGUGGACAGCGUGGAGGCGAGGGACGUGGCGCAGGCCAUGAUGGCGCAGCAAGGGGAGGGGGAGGGGGGAGAGGAGGGGGAAGGGACGGGGGAGGAGAGGGAGGUGGCGGUGCAAUCAAGGUGCGGUGACGAGCAGAGGCUGAGGAAGUGGCAGGGCGGGGAGCACGCGGUGCACGAGCAGCUGCAGCAGUGGCGGCAGCAGCGGGCAGCAUCUGCUGUGCGUGCGUGCAAGUCGAGAAAGGCCUGCCAUUCCGCGUGCCACGGCCACAGGCGGGUGGGGUCGGACGCCCUUGACGUGUCGGCUGCAGUGGCCGCGCUUGGGCGAGCCAAGGAGGCAGGCAGCGGCGAGGGGGAGGGGUGUGGAGGCGGUGGCAGUGCUGGUCCGAGGCACAGAGGGGCCGGUAUUUCUGUAGAGAGGGGAAUGGGAGACGGAGUGGGGGCGGGAAUGGCGAAGGAAGAUGGGGGCACGUCACGUGGUUUUUCCAGCAAGGGUGCCGCGGAGCAAGGCAGUGCGACGCCCGUCACCAUGGCCGCUGGGCCCCGCUCGCACCCGUGGCUGGCUGCAGCAGCCAGUUGCACGAAGCCGGUGGCCCUCGAUGUGGCUGCUGCUGUGGCGGCGCUUGGUCGGUGGGACGGUGUGGAGGGGGGGGGUGGUGCGGGGGGCACGAUGACGGUGGACCCAAUGGAUGAGGGGGCGACGGGGGCAGAAGGGGAACGAGAGGAGGGAGGGCAGGAGAUGCUGGGGAAGGGCCAGAUGACGCAGAUGUGUGAGGAACGGAAGCAGAGUGAUGGGCGGUGCGACAUGGUGGUAGAAGCUGCAGGAGCGCAAGCCAUCACGCUGUCCUCCUCCAUGCCAACCCUGUUGGGGCCACACGUCCCUCCAUCGCCCCUUCCUGCCGCAUCCAUUCCCGCCUCUCAGCCACCGUCCACCGCUCCACUGCCAUCUCCUGCUGCCCACCAGCCAGGCAGCGCUGCCAGCGGGCGACCGCGCUGUGAGGCGGAGGCGACGUGGCAGGAGGAGGGGAGCAUGAGGGCGGAGGGCGCGGAUGAGAACGGUGUGGGGGGGUGGCGGGGGCAGGCAGGAGCAGCGGGCGUGGAGGGGAAGGCAGCGGAGGAGGGAGUGCGAUGGAAGGCGAGGGGGAGUGGGAGGAGGCGGCAUGGCAAGGCGCGGGACAUGGAGCGGAAUCUGGAGGUGGCGUCCGCUCAACUGCUGGCUCUGCAGAGGUGGCACCCGUCCUCGCGGGACCUGGCGGUGCGGUGGGCGGUGUGGCUGCUGCGCCUCAUGCGCAAGGCAGCCCCCUCGCCCCCCCCUCGCCCCCUGCGCCUGCUGCUCUUCUCCUCGCUGCUCGCCGCCCUGCCGCGCAUCGCUGACUCGCUCCUCUCCCUCGCCCCUCCUUCCCACGCCCGCAUCCCAUCGCCACCUGCAUCGCCCCACACCGCCCACUCUCAGCUGCUGCACUCAGCGGGCUCUCUGCUGCGAGCGGUGGACAGGAGCCGCGUGGCCGUGGCACCGCUGCACUGGGAGAUGCUGCAGGAGCCCAUCGCGCGCUGCCACUCGCUGCUCGCCGCUGCUACCACGGCGCACAGCGCCGCCUGCCAUGGUCGUGGCGGCAUGCCUGAGGAUGGCGGCACAGCACCUCUGGCAAGGCUGACUGGUGCAGGAGGCGCGUUAGCGGCGGCAGCACCACCACAACCCACACCACCCAUUGCUGCCAUGAGCAGUCCUUGUAGCGCCUCCACUGCUUCCCCCGCCUCCUCUGCUGCCCCCUCCUCCACUGCUGCGCCCGAUGCUGCUGCUGAGCCUGCUGCAUGUGGGGGGGGCAAUUUGGGAGGCACGAGCAUGGACGUGGAUGGGGCUGGCGCGGACACAGGCAGGGUGGGGCAAGGGAGGGGCAGCGAGGCGCAUGAGGGGCCGGCGGAGGGCAGCGAGGUGGAGGGCAGAGGGGCGGAGGGCAGCGAGGCGGAGGGCAGAGGGGCAGCCUCUCAGCCCGCAGCGGGGCUGGGUUCAGGCUGGGUGGCAGCAGCUGCUGCAGUAGUGGUGGAGGCAGCGCUAGCAAGUGCAGGUGUGAGGGCGGAUGUAGCUUUGGGUGGUGCUGCAGGGUCAUCAGGCGGGGCGGGGUGGGUGCCGCACCCCCCCACUCGCAGCACCCCUGCGCAGCCUCCUGGCUUGCACGGCCUUCGCUGCUGGCUGCAUGCACGCGCUGAGGCGGCUGCAACUGCGGGAGGAGGGGCUGCCAGCGCUGCUGCUGCUGCUGCCACUGGUGAUGGCGACGAUGGCUGUGUGCCUGUUGCCGCGCCCUCUGGUGCACAGGGUGAUGCUUACCACCAGCCGCUGCAGCCGCAGCAGGCACAGCAGGCACAGCAGGCACAGCAGCCGCAGCAGCCACAGCAGGCACAGCAGCCGCAGCAGGCACAGCAGGCGCAGCAGGCACAGCAGGCACAGCAGGCACAGCAGGCACAGCAGCCGCAGCAGGCACAGCAGGCACAGCAGCCGCAGCAGCCACAGCAGGCACAGCAGCCGCAGCAGGCACAGCAGGCACAGCAGCCGCAGCAGGCACAGCAGCCGCAGCAGGCACAGCAGGCACAGCCGGCACAGCAGGCACAGCAGGCACAGCAGGCACAGCAGGCACAGCAGGUAGGGGCAGAAGGUGAUGCGAUGUGCGGUGGUCACUCUGAAGCACUCCAUGCGCCUCCAGUCUGCACGCCCAGUCAGCCUCCGCGUUCUCCCACUUCCUCGUUCGCCUUCUCCUCUCAACGCGACACCACACAUGCCCUUGUGUGUGUCCACCCGCCACCCGCACUGCACUCCGCUCCAUCCACCCCACAUACCACAGCCAGCCCGUUUGGGCCAGCCUCACAGCGCAAGCCCGCUAUCCCCUCCUUCCCUCGCUUCUCAUCUGCCGCCGGUGCUGGCGGGCCACUUCACAACCCCCCCCCAGUGCGGCGAGCCGGGCACCGCGUGAGCCGCAGCUUUGACGGCAGCAGCGCGGCAGGGUCGGGGCUCAGCUCGGCUGCGCGGCAGCAGUUCGCGGAGGGCAGCCGGCGGCAGCAGCAGGCGGUGCAGGCGUGCAUGCAGGCGCUGUACGGCGGGCUCUUCUCUCCGUACGGCCGGGGGGGACACACUGAGGGGCGCGGGGGCAGCAGCAGAUGGCGGGGAGGCGAGGUGGAGGAAGAAGUGGGCAGAAGUGUGAAGGGCGGGGAUGGGGAAGGGAGGGGGAGGUCAGGGAAGGAGGGUGAAGGGUGCAGGGGAGAGGAGCAGGGCGGUGUGAGGGCGGGAAACGCAGGGGCGGAAGGUGGGAGAGGUGGAGAAUGGGCAAGAGCAGGCAGGGCGCGCAGUGGCAGGGGCGGGUGUGGGUGCGCGCGGUCGCAGAGCAUGGACCUGGAUGGCAUGGCGCAGCUGUGGCGGAGUGUGCAGGGCCAUGGCAGCAGCAAGCACGCAGCUGCUGCUCCUCAUGACUCUGCAGCAGGGCACGCGAAUGCAAGCAGUGAGCAUGGAGGGAGGGCAACAGACUUUGACCACAUCGACCCCUCUGCUCCUCCUGCCCCAUCACCGGACUUCAACUCACCUGGCCUCCCUCCCAAAUCUCCCACGCCCCAGUCAAAGGCCCAUCUUGCCUCCCGCCAGCACGCUCCCUUGAACUCUUCUCAUUCCCUCCCCCCUCAUGCCCACCCAUCCAAGCCUACCUUUCAACCCCCCAUCCGCUCUGUGCACCCCUCUGGACCCGUUUCAGUGGAUGAUGUGGCGAUGGGCAAUGGCUUACGCUGUGGCUCACAGGGUGGUGUUGGUGGCUGUGAUAGCGGCAAGGAGACACAGGGAGGUAGAGCAGUAAUGGCAGGGGACAACGAGUCCGUUAAGGGAGGCGUUGGCUGUUCUGCUGUAGCAGUUGAUAAUACGAAUGGGGUGGCAGCAGUACAGCACACAGGGACACAUGGGGUAGAGCAGAGUGGGUUGGGAGGGAUGGGGAGGGCACAUGACGAGGGUGUGUUGACAGCAGAGGAGAGGGCGGUGGAGGAAAUGACGUCCCUCUUCUCCUCCCACUUCUCUGCCCCCUCUGCCCCCUCGCCCAGGGUGGCUUGUGCAGCUGGCCAUGGUGAGGCAGACAAGCACGGCAUGUGCGGCGCCACACACUGCCAUGGCACUUACAAGCCCUGUCCCAUGGCUGCAGGCUCUGCUGGCUGCAAAGCAGUGCGCUCCACCCUUGAUGCUGCCACGCACCAGGCCGCACCCGUAAUUGUUGUGCAACCGUCUGCUGCUGCAGGUGCGCGUGUGGAGGGCGGCACAUCGAUGGCAGAGGAUGAGUGCCCAGACAGUGCACCCGCUGAGGCCGGCAGGGCAGAGGAGGAUGGUGUGGUAGGCAUGCCAGCUGCAUCUUUGCCUGUGCCACCCAAACCUCGGUCUCGAAAGAAGAUGAUGGCAAGGAGAGAGUGGCUGUAGUGGGGUAUGGCGAUCAUGCAUAAGGUGGGAUGCGCACAAAUACCGUACUUCCUGCAUCAGCACUUCAGUCAGGAAAGCACGUGAAGCAACGAGAGUUGCUGUUGUUGGCUUCUACACAAGCAGGCUGCUGCUAAGCCUAAUUUGGUGAAUACCUCUGGAGGAUUUGUAUGGAUAGAAAUACCAAGCGUUAAGGGGUAGCUUUCCGUAUCGUGUUGGCUUGGCACUGUACUUUGAUUUUUAUUUUUCCAAUACAGUAUUCCCCCGGAU